AUGACCAUUACGGCCGGCCAAAAGAGGCCCGACUACAGCCUCAAGAUGAUCAAUACGAGGCUCUGCCUGUGGAGGAAGAGUUUGACGACGAAGACUGGAUUCGCCUCGCCGCCCUUUUACCUGACAACCCCCUUACUCAGGAAGAUCUUGACCUUCUUGGUCGCCGCGAUAUCGACGUCAAUUACGACUGGACACGGCAUCCACCCCAUGGCCAACGAUGUGGAGGUCCUUGGCCCUCACUGGCGUAAUACGCUGAAUCCACAACAACGGCUCGUGUACGACACAUUCAUGGGUCACUUCCAGGCGCAAAAUCCUACUCAGGUCCUUCUCCACGUUGAUGGUGGUGGUGGCACAGGCAAGUCCUUCCUUAUCAAGGUGCUUUCUUCCCAUCUUCAAGCAGCCGCCCUCCCGAAUCCUAGCCCUAUUUACCGCGUGGCGCCAACAGGCGUUGCGAGCAACCAGAUACAAGGCAGCACCAUUCAUUCGUUGCUACGCCUCCCAAUAGGUGGUACCUUUACCGACCUUCCCCCGGCCGACGCAGCCGCCCUUCAGUCCCGCCUACGGCACGUCAAAUACCUCGUUAUCGAUGAAAAGAGCAUGCUAGGGCUUGAGCAGCUCGCGCGGAUCGACUCCCGUCUGCGGCAGGCCUUUCCACAGCGUAACCUCGAGUUCUUUGGUGGUGUGAGCGUCUUGCUUGUGGGCGAUUUCUUCCAGUUACCACCAGUCCGGCAAAAGCCCCUGUAUUCGACGAGCACCGGCCUGUCUUCGUUGGAAAGGAGAGGGCAGGUGGCCUACCGGUUAUUUGACCGUACCGUCUUCCUGACCACAGUACAGCGCCAGGCUGGUGAUGAUCAGGCCCAGUUCCGUCAGGCGUUGCAGGAACUGCGCGAAGCUAGGCUAACGCAGAGCGAGGUCCAUAGCUUCAGGACCGCUUUGCGAGUGUACUCUACAAAGGCCCGGGUGGAGGCAAAGAAUCAGGGCAAGGGCGCGGGGCAGGCACCAAGCGACAAUGCUGGCAAUCUAUCUAACAAGUUCCCCAUUGCUAAGGGCACCAGGGGUACUGUAUACGAUAUCGCCUGGAACGCAGGCGCCGACCCAUCGGAAGAUCCCCCAGCCGUUAUUAUGGGCAGGAAAAUCUCACCCAUCCUCCCAGUCAGGCGUGAUUUCCUGGUGGGCAACGAGACCUGCUCUCGCACGCAGUUUCCCCUGAUUGUGGCGUUUGCCAUCACUGUUCACAAAUGCCAGAGCCUAACAAAGGAUCAAAUAGUUACUGAUCUCGCUACACGCGACUUCCAGGCCGGGAUUAGCUAUGUUGCCGUCUCAAGGGUUACAUCGCUGCAAGGCCUACUCCUUGAGGCGCCUUUCGAUCGUCAGAGCCUCUAUAACCACACGCCGACGGAAGGGAUGAAGAUGCGCCUCGCUGACCAAUAUCGCCGUCAGGGUCAACAGCUGACCGAUUCACCGUAUCCACCACCCUACCUUGACUAA